UCGAGGGGGCGCCUUUGUCUCGGGACCUCGCCAUUCGUCGGAUGCGCGGCCGGGCUGCCACCCGUCAUCGGGAGACCCGAGUUCCUCUGCUGCCAGGCGCCGGAGCUCCGCGGCGGAAGGCCGGGCACCCUGCGGCCGGGAAAUGGAACCGUUGACAUUCAGGGAUGUUACCAUUGAUUUCUCUCAAGAGGAAUGGGAUUGCCUGGACCCUUCUCAGCAGAAUCUAUAUAAAGAUGUGAUGUUAGAGAACUACGGAAACCUGUUCUUCCUGGCUGUAUAUUCUCAUCAAGUCCAAGACUUUUUGCCAGAACAUUUAUCUCAAAAAGUCAUCAAGGGAAGACAUGGAAGUCAAGGUAUUGAAAAUUUACAUCUAAGGAAAGACUGGGAAAGUGUCAGAGAGAGUGAAGUUCUGAAAUCUUGUCAUAAUGAGCAUAACAAAUGUUUGAUGACUAUCCAUGAUGAAAAUGUCAAUGUCAGCAGACAUCAAGAACAUAUAGCAUCUCAGAAAACAGCUCAAUUUWUUCCAGUCACUUUUGAGGAGCUCUCUGUGUUUCUAAAUACAUAUCCACAGCAGUUUUUUAACCAUAUCUUCCCUCUGAAAGGAAAUUUGGAAAGUCUGAAAUGGAGUCUGUCCCAAGCUUCAGUUAACAACAUGAACAAUUUCAAUUGCAGCAUUGAUUUAAACUUUGACUCAAACAUUUGUAUAGAUAAGAGAGUUAAAAAUAAAGAACAAAUUUCUGAAUGUGAUCAUGUUGAGUGUUACUUCUCAAAAAGUCUGCUACUUUGCAAUCAACAACAAAUUGUUCCUCCUUGUGCCAAAAUAUACAGAUUUAAUCAAAGUGGGGAGGUUCAUGCUUCCCCAUUAUUGCAUAAUCAAAAUUCAGAUAAAGAUAUUUGGAAAGUUCUAUAUGUUUAUAAUAAAACCUCCAAGAACUUUAGCCAAGUCUCUACCCUAUGUAAUUACCAAUGUAUGUAUAUUGGUGAAAAAAAUUAUGAAUGCAGUGAAACUCAUGAAAAUAUUAGCCUUGGUUCAAAUCAUGGAAAACACCAGUGUGUUCAUUUUAUAAAGAACCUUUGCAAAGUUAAUAAACAUGGGAAAGUCUGUCAUCAGAGCUCAAAAGUUAAUAUCAAUAUUGAAGACAAACCUUACCCAUGUAAAGAAUGUGAAAGGACUUCAAAGAAAAUUUCAAGCCUUACUCAACACAGAAGAAUUCAUAGUGGAGAGGAGCCCUACACAUUUAACGAAUGUGUCAAAGCUUUCAAUCAAAGCUCAAAUCAUAUUAAUCACCAGAGAAUUCAAACUGGAGUGAUGCCAUACAAAUGUAAAGACUGUGGCAAAGCAUUUAAUAUAAGCUCACACCUUAUUAAACACCAGAGAAUUCAUACUGGAGAGAAGCCCUACAAAUGUAAAGACUGUGGCAGAGCUUUUAAUCAAACCUCAACCCUUACUCAACACCGGAUGAUUCAUACUGGAGAGAAACCUUUCAAGUGCAAAGAAUGUGGCAAAGCUUUUAAUCGAAACUCAAACCUUACUCAGCACCGGAGGAUCCAUACUGGAGAGAGACCGUACAAAUGUAGAAAAUGUGGCAAAGCUUUUAAGGAGUGUUCACACCUUAUUAAACACCAUAGAAUUCAUACUGGAGAGAAGCCCUACAAAUGUAAAGAAUGUGGCAAACCCUUUAAAGACUGUUCAGCCCUUACUCAACACCAGAGGAUUCAUACUGGAGAGAAACCCUACAUAUGCAAAGAAUGUGGUAAAGCUUUUAAUCGAAACUCAAACCUUACUCAACAUCAGAGGAUCCAUACUGGAGAGAGACCUUAUAAAUGUAAGAAAUGUGGCAAAGCUUUUAAGGAUUGUUCACACCUUAUUCAACACCACAGGAUUCAUACUGGGGAGAAGCCCUACAAGUGUAAAGAAUGUGGUAAGGCUUUUAAACAAAUUGCAACGCUUACUCAACACCUUAAAAUUCAUAGUGGAGAGAGACCAUACAAAUGUAAUGAAUGUGGCAAAGCCUUUAGGGAUUCUCUAACACUUACUCAACACCACUGGAUUCAUACUGGACAGAAACCCUACAAAUGCAAAGAAUGUGGCAAGACUUUCAUUAGAACUUCACACCUUAAUAAGCACCAGAAAAUUCAUACUGGAGAGAAGCCCUAUGAAUGUCAGGAGUGUGGCAAAGCUUUUAAACGAAGCUCACACCUUACUCAACACCAGAGAGUUCAUACUGGAGAGAAGCCCUAUAAAUGUAAAGACUGUGGCAAAGCUUUCACUCAAAACUCAAACCUUAUUGGUCACCGUAGAAUUCAUACAGGAGAGAAGCCCUACAAAUGUAAAGACUGUGGAAAAGCAUUUAAUAUAAACUCACACCUUAUUAGUCACCGUAGAAUUCAUACAGGAGAGAAGCCCUACAAAUGUAAAGAAUGUGGCAAAGCUUUUAACCAAACCUCAACCCUUACUCAGCAUCAGAGGAUCCAUACAGGAGAGAAGCCUUACAAUGUAAAGAAUGUGGCAAAGCUUUUAAGUCUUGUCCAACCCUAACUCGCCACCACAGGACUCAUAGCGGAGAGAGGCAUUCCAAAUGAAAAUGUUGUUUGAAAACGUUUAAUCAAAACUAAAUCCUUACUCAUCAUCAGGGAUUCAUCCUGGAGGGGACAAUGCAAACGUAGGGAAUGUGGCUAGUAGUUGUUCACAUCUUCUUCAACAUCAGAGAAUUCAUAGUACAGAAACUAUAAAACGAUAAUGUGUCAGGGGGCUUGGGUUGUAGCUCAGUGGUGGAGUGCUUGCCUAUUGUGUGAGGCACUGGGUUCGAUUCUCAGCAUCAUAUAUAAAUGGAUAAAGGUUCAUUUACAAUGAACAAAAAGAUAAUGUGUCAAUGACUAUCAAACUUCAUACUUUGUUCUACAUCAGAAAAUUUAUAUUGUAUCAAAACCUCAUGAACGAAGUGUCUGUGGAAAGACCUUUGUCCAAAAUAUAUGCUUUAUAUAACAGCAAAAUGUUUAUAAUGGAGAUCAAAUCUUGACAAAUGAGAAAAUUAUAGCAAAGUCUUUAUAUCUAGAUGUAAAUGAGAAUUAUUAAUGGAGAGAAAUUCUGUAAAAGGAGAACGUAGCAUUGCCUUUAACUGUUGAUUAAAAUUUACUGGACUUCAUUAGUUGAUGCAAAUCCUCAGAUAAUAGAAUAGUGUGGUAGCACAUUUCUAAGACAUCAACUUAUAAAUUAAAGAUUACAUAAAUAUACUCAGUCCUGAAAGUUGGAGAAAUCAUAAUGAAAUAUUCAAUCUGUAUUUUUCUAAAGACUUCAUGAUGGAAUUUGAAAUAGUUAACAUUCAUGCAUAAUAUGAGCAAAGUAUUUCAAAUAAAAUAAAGUGAAUGCUUUUCAGUGUGUUAACACUGCCAUAUAGUGAGCCACAUGUUAUUCUGCCAGGCAUAAAAGAAUUUUGCUUUCCUAAAGGUUAUAGGUAACAGAUAAUAGAAGAUGUUAUUGGAUAUAUAUGGUUAUUACACCAUUUAGAAAGUGUAAUUAAGCUUCAAAUUAUGUGGCAAAUAUUAUCAAAAAUUGUAUUUUAAAUAUUUCUCUUUUUGUAUUUAGU